GGAAAAAAAUAAGGCCCACCAUCCCACUGGAGGAAAAAUGGCAGCUCACAGAUGCAGCUGCCCGGCAGUGCUGUUUAUUCUUAUUAGUUUGUCGGUGUUUGUUGUCGCAGACAGUCAAGACGCGACAUUAAUUAAUGGUCACGAUGCCACAGCGCUCAAUAGUCCUAAAACAGCCGCUAAAACAGCGGAACAAACGGCCGAGCAGCCCGCAGUGGAGGAGAGGCGGUGGGAAGCGACUCCAGGUGCUGCAGCAGCCAACGAACAGGACACGACACAGGGCACUCCUGCGCCUGGAGCCGAGGUUCCUCCGGUUCUGCCACAGCCAAAAGACGAUUUUCAGGAGGAACUGGUCAUCAGGCCGCUGCACUCGGGAGAUAUUUACGCCAGCUUCCAGUUCCGCACCCUGUGGCAGACAGAUUUCAUGAGGGGAAACAAAGUGUCCCACUACCGGCUGUUCCCCAAGUCUCUGGGCCAAGUUAUCUCCAAAUUCUCAGUGCGAGAGCUGCACAUCUCCUUCACGCAGGGAUACUGGAGGACCAUGCAGUGGGGGCAGCCCUUCCUGCCAUCUCCCCCCGGGGCUGAGCUCUGGGUCUGGUUCCAGGACUCUGUGACAGAUGUGGAUGGUACAUGGAAGGAGCUGACGAAUGUUUUGUCGGGGAUCUUCUGCGCCUCAUUGAACUUCAUUGACUCCACCAACACUGUUCAGCCAAGUGCCUCCUUCAAACCGCUGGGUAUAGGCAAUGAGACAGACCACCGCUUUCUUCGCUAUGCCACCCUCCCACGAGAGAUUGUUUGCACCGAAAAUUUGACACCCUGGAAGAAACUCUUGCCGUGUGGCUCCAAGGCUGGUCUCGCUGUCCUGUUGAAGUCAGAGAAACUCUUCCACAGCAGUUUUCAUUCCCAGACUGUGCACAUCCGACCAGUGUGUCAGGACUGGCAAUGCAAAACCACAUCAUGGGAGCUGAGGCAGACACUGAAUGUCGUCUUUGACCUGCACACCUCUGGACAGGGCAAACGAGAGUGGUCUCUGUUCAAGAUGUUCUCUCGGACCCUGACAGAAGCUUGUCCACUGGCCUCCUCCAGUAAAAUAUAUAUCGACAUCACAGACAACCCUGAGGGGGAGCAGUUUGAGCUAAGCCCGGCCACAACCCUGCUCAGCCAGGCAGUGGUGCUCGGGGACAGACGAACCUUCUCUGUCUAUGAUUUGACCCAACAUGCCACCUUUGGCAACACGCGUUCCCUCAAUCUGCUAAUUCGUUGGAAAUCCAGUGAAGGUGACAUGCUGCGCCCCCUGCUCCACGCUGAGCGUUACGUGGCUGGUUACGGGCUGCAGACAGGAGAGAUUCACACACUGAUGUACAACAACCACCCUUACAGGUCAUUCCCUGUGCUGCUGCUGGACUCGGUGCCCUGGUACCUUCGUCUCUACAUCCACACGCUCACCGUCACCAGCAAGGGAAAGGACAACAACCCCAGCUUCAUCCACUACCAGCCAUCUAAAGACCGUGUGAGGCCCCACCUGCUGGAGAUGCUCGUCCAGCUUCCUCCCAACUCAGUCACUGAGGUCACUGUGCAGUUCGAGAGGGCUCUGCUCAAGUGGACUGAAUACACCCCUGACCCCAACCACGGCUUCUAUGUUGGGUCCUCAGUCAUCAGUUCUCUUGUACCAAGCAUUGUCGCCAUGGAUACGAACGUCACUCGGGAACGCCCGCUUUUUAGCAGCUUUUUUCCGUGCAAAGAAGAGUCCAGCUACUUUGUGCGUGUCUACACGGAGCCGCUGCUGGUCAACCUACCGACUCCAGACUUCAGCAUGCCGUAUAAUGUCAUCUGCCUUACCUGCACUGUUGUGGCCGUGGGCUACGGAUCCCUCUACAACCUGCUGACCCGGAGUUUCCAGAUAGAAGAGCCUAGCCCAGGACUGGCCAAACGGAUAGCCAACGUCAUACGCAAGAUGAGAGGUGUACCGCCACUCUGAGGCUGGACACAACGGUCAACUUUUAGAAAGGAAGUUUUCCUUUUGGUGAAACCACUGAUAAAUAUGUGAUAUUCAGGGAAGAACUGAGUCAAGCACUGGUACGAAUGUUUUGGAAACUGUCAACUUUUUGGUUUCUAAAUAGAAGGAGACAUAAAAAUGAUUUUCUUUAUUAAAGUAUUCGGGAUAAUUUCCUGUCGGCUAAGGACAAGCAAAUGUAGACUUUGGAUCUGGAUGGAACAAAAGAGCUUUGUUAUUGUUUCACAAGUAAAAAAAAAACAAGUCUGGUGCAGUAUGCUGCAGUGGUAACUGCACCAGAAUGUUUUGGCUUGGUUGUUUUUGUUUUGUGAAUGUUUGAAGCCAUAACUGCGCCACAUCAUAAUAUAACCAGAAAGUUCUCAAGGUCAUUUUGUCAAAAUGAGGAAGCUGUGUUAAAAUUGACUUUCUACAAACAUGAGACUAAUUCGGACUUACACAGCAUUAUGAAAGCCUCAGAGCUCAGAUAGAAAAAGACAACCACAUUUGGUCACACACCAAACCACAGUCAGAAUGUAACAUUUUCUUAAACCUCAGUUCAUGACAAGACAUCUAAUAACUGGGAAAUAGUUUCCUGUGUCCAACUACAAAAAUGCACAGCAGACUGAACUGGGAAACUUUAUGAGACAUGUCCUUGGUAAAAUAGUUGCUGAGGCAUUUGUAUUAUUUAACACAUUUUUCAUUAGUCAUAAUAUAUAAGAAUAUGCUCAUAAAAAUAUUGAUGCUGAAUUUUUACCAAAAACCACAGCAGUUGUUUUUUUCUUUUUCUUUUCGAUUUUGGUUGUCUCUGAGCAGUCACAUUAUUUUAUGAAAUUAUGUGUUUUGUAAAAAAUGAUUAUUUUGCACUCAUUGUUGGAUGCAUGCUUGAAUGUUAAGGCGGUAAUUUCCACUGGUGAUCAAAAUCCUGCACAGUAUUUGUCGCCCUUACUUUUACAGCUUCAGUUCGUCAAACGCUUAAAUUUCUCAAAACUUCAUAUCUUCUUAUGGUCCAGCUGUCAAAAUUCAGAUGAGACAAAAGAGGAAGUGAUAAAAAUGUUGAUAUACACAUCUGAGCUGCCUUCAGUUAUUGUCAUACACUCACAACAAUAAGCUAGUGGUAAGGAAUUUGGACUCUUUUUGCCCUGUGUUUUGCCUGUCAGGCUACAUGCAGGUUACUGCCCAACUCUCUGAUAGGUGGAAUGUGACUGCAGGCACUAAAGAAUAAAAAGAAUUUUACUGCAAACUCCUCUGCAUGUUAAAAAUUUAAUCAAUAUUUAUUACAGUCGAUAUUCUACCUAAAAAUGCUAAAAUUGAAUAUCAAUUAAGUUAAAUGUUAGAUACAGUUUGGCAGUAAAGGACAGUCCUCUUACACAUGCAUAUAUAAUAUUUAUCAUACAGAAUCAACAAAAUUUAAAUGUGACGUUAAGUGUUGAAAAUACGUCAGUUUACACAGCCUUCCUACUUAGUUAUAAGAUUACCAUUCAUUUGGAAAGCAUAUGAGGAGUUCAUAAUGUUAUAUUUUAGAUUUAUAUAAAUAUUUAAAUACCAGAAAUACCUUUGAAGAACCUUUUGUGCCCCCCCCCUCUGAGACCUAACCUUGUUGAAUGUUAAAUGCGAUUGUCUGUUGGCCUCUCAGUCACUUAUUUGGGUUGUUAACUUGUUCACGCAUCAGUUCAAAGCAGUCAACUGUAAUGGAAAUGGACAGAUUUUUUUUUGGAAAUAUUACCAUACCAUGAAAUAAUAUGCAUUUGUUUUUGCUUUUUUUGUUUUUUUGUUGUUUUUUUAUAACUUUUUACUAAGAACAACAACAUCCUCUGCUCAGCUGCCUACAACUCCAUUCUGUAUUACAUGCUGUGAAAAAGUGAGCAGAAUGUGAAUGUUUGCAGAGGUUUUGUGUGUUCGGCAAAACUUCCUUCUCAUUAUUGCUUUUACAAUAAACUGACAAAUAUCUUUUA